UAGGCUUUUGCUGCAGAUCCUGGAGAACCCGACCCGCAGGUCGCCCGGCGUCGUAUGCCUCUUCGCUCGUAACAACGCUCCCAAGAACGCACUCCCCACUAUAGCCCUUCGGCCAUGGCUAAUCUCAGCCAUGUUCGCGUCGCCCUGCAGAUCCAUGCUGACAACCCUCACAUAACGCGCAACGACGAUAAUUGCGUAACUUACCAACCGCCACCUACAAAAACUCGUACCCCAGACCCGCGCAAGAUCCACUUUGACGGCUGCUUUGAUGCGCGUGCCACGUCGACCGAAAUUUACACGCAAUGUGGCGUAGGUGCAUUCAUUGACAGGGCGCUCCAAGGAUAUACAGCUGGGGUGUUCGCUAUAGGAUCCGGGAAGCUAUCGGCACAAAAGCGGACAGGGAUAUUUGAGCCGCUUGUUAAAAAGUUGAAAAGUGCAGCAAAGCUAAAUGGCGAUAUCACGGUUGAGAUGGUUCACUUAGGGAUAACAGAUACGAAAUGCAUUGAUCUGGUUAAUGAUCGACCGGCCGACAUUUCCGACGGCUUGAGGACGCAUUUCAGAAAUGUUGGAACAUGGGCUCCGGUAGAAGAGGUGAUUCGCAAGGGGUGCUCCCUGCCUUGGAUUAUGGAUCUAAAGUUUGAGACAAAGAAACAACACCGAACUGUGGGUCACUUGGUUCUGGCAGAUCUUGGAAUGGUAUGCUUUGAUGAGGAGGUCAAUGAAAACGUUUUCCGGCAGCGUGGACCCGGUGUGACAAAGUCCGUGUGGAUUAUGAAAAAGAUUGUGCGGAUGUUGACCCAAAAUGGUGCGGAAGGGACUAUACCAUUUGCAGACAGUACCUUGACGUCGAUUUGCCGGGAUUUCUUGGGUGGCAAGGCAGCAACUAAGUUUAUCAUACAUGUGGAUGGUAGAGACAGUGUGAGCGCAAAUGAGAUUGCGGGCGUCGUGGAUUUUGCAGAAACAAUGAGGAAGAUCAAGACGUUAGAAUGUGUAAAUGAUGUAGACCCACGGGUUGCUGAGCUGCAGACAGCUAUCAAGGAGUUGGAGGCACAGGUUCGCGAUCUUCGAGCUUUGACAGAAAAAGAAGCGUUGAAGUUUGAGUUCAGGAUGAGGGAGCAAAUAGAAGGACACAAUGCAGCACUGGCGGAAUUGGAACAACAAAAGGAAAAGGAAGGGGAGGAACGACAAAAAGACUUCGACACACGGUGCUUAAGAAUGAAGGACGAGUUUGCCGCCACCCUAUUGGAGUGCAACAAUUCAUGGAAGCAGACAGUAGUGAAGGCUCGCAACGAGAAAGACGACGCAAUUCAACUGCUGAAAGAAGAGCUGGAAGAAGCUCAGUUAACUGCACGCGUUGAAGUCACGAAAGCCUUGCACGAUAAAGCAGCCGUAGAUGAAGCAUUGCGGAAGGAGCGUGUUCAAAUGCUGCUUAUGUCGCAUGAUUACCAGCAACUUCGGUUAGACAAUGAUGAAUUGUUGCGAAAUUCUGAGAAGAUGAAGACGAGUUACAUCGACUUAGAAAAGGCACAUCAGGAGCUUGUUACCGUCAAGGAGUCACUCGAGAACCGGUGCAUUGAAUUACAAGCAGACCUGGACACUGAGAGAGCGAACGCGCGGAAGACAAUGGAAGAGCUGGAAAUCACCAGAACGGCAUUAAAUACCUCAAAUGAAAGUCUUGAACGCGUAAAGUACCAGCUUGAAAUCGCAGAAACUGAAAGUCGAGACAAGUCGGUGAAAAUCGAUGAGAUCGAAAAGCUGCUCUCAGAGAAGCAACUAGAGCUGGUCGAACAAAGUACGCAGGUUGAUCGUUUGGAAAAGAAGUUGGUAGGAUCUGAAGCCAGAUUAGACGAGGCUCGGCUUGCAUCUGAUCGGCUUAAAGAGGAGAGAGAUGCUGCGACUGCACGCCUGGAAGUGAUGCGGGAUCAAGCUAAUUCCGAAGUUGCGAGUAUCCGAGAGCAAGUUGACAAAUCCCGUGACGAGACUGCUGAGACUCGGGAUGAUCUCUUGCAGGCGAAGGAAACCAUUAAGAAUCUUCGUGCGGAGAAGACCAAAAUUGAAGCCGCAUCCCGUGAUGAAGUGGCCAAAAUGCAGAAAGAGGUUGAGAACCUCCGCAAAAAUUCAGAGAAGGUUGCACGGGAGCUGGAGAGGGCUGAAGGGCGAUUUGAGGGUGAACGAGAAGGAUGGAUACGGGAAAGAGAAUCCUGGGAGCGGGAGAGACGCAGAUUGGUUGAUGAGGUGCAAGAACUCAAGAUGGAAGCUAUGAGAGCGCGAAUAAGUGGGAGCGAGGAAGGCGACAAAGUCAAGGCGUGGUUUGAGAAGCUGGAAUUAGAGAACCGUCGACUUCGGGACGAGAUUGAUCAUGUCAAAGCGUCCCGGCGGGAGGACCGGACGGCUGAAGCCGAAAGCGAACGUGUCCGGAUGCAUCUGGCCCGUCUUGAAUCAGAGAACCAACGAAUGGCGGAAGACGUAGCUCGGAAAGAACGUGAAUUGGCCCACGAGAAAGCUAGGUUAGAAACCUUGGCGAAAACCACUGAGAAAGCUGUGCCUGCUAAGCGCAACCGUAAGAAGCAACCGGUAGAAGUUGUUGAGGAAGAUGUAGAUGACUAUGGCGCUGAGCAGGAAACCGCCGAACAGGAGGAAAUUACGGUCCAACGUAAGAAAAAGGCUAGGGGACGAAAAAAGAAAGAUGCACCAAAAAUAGAGAACGAUGCACCCUUACUAAAUGGUGCACAUUCGGACCUCGACGAUGAUCAUCAGGAGGAUGAAGUGCGGGAAGUGGCAUCACAAGGGAAGGAACGAACUUCGCAUGGAAGAAAAAAUGCACGGAGCCCUUCUCCCUUUGUCGAAGAGAUCGCGGAGAUUGCGGAGGUGAGCCAAAACGCCGUUGUCGCAAGCGUCAAACCGAAGGCAAAGGGUCGUGCGAAAAAGGGCGCGACAGUGGCAGCUAGCAAAGUAGCGGAUGUUCCAGCUGGACGCAAUGAGCCUUCAGAUCUCCUUAAUGUGGGUGACGAGCCGAGCAAUGUUGAGUCGGCAUCUAGACCUACGGCACGAAAGAGAAAAAAUGCACCCAAAAAGUCUGAUCCCGAGGUGCCUAGCCAUGAUGCGAGCCCGGUGCAUGCAGAACCAAACUUUGAAUUUGCGACAGUAGGUAAGGAGUCAGGAAAUCAAACGAACCAUCGAGAACCGGAGACCGUGGUGGAAACCAGAUCAGAUGUGACUGCCACAGAGCCUAUGGUGGAAGUAGCAGUAUCAUCAGGAUCAACAAAGAAGCGAAAGAAAAUGGCACCUAUCGAGACGCCUUCCACGCCACCUCAACAAUCUGGACAAGUCUCUGUGGAUGAUAUCUUAGGAAUAACGACCGGAGUCGGCGAAACCAUUGAAUCUGAGAAAGAGAACCGGGCGAGCAAAAAGGGGAAAGGAAAGGGAAAGGGGGCGACAAAAGAGUUGUUGGGAGAGACUCUGAGCGAGAAAGAGAAGGACACGAAAAAGCGAAAACUGAAUCCGAAGCGAAAAAUCUCGCUGGAAGUUGUGGAAGAGGAUCAAGUGGAAAACAAGGAGAAAAAGAAGUCGCAAUUCGCCCCAGCCGUCCAACCAGCUGCGACUGGGCCACCCGUACUCAGUCUUUCCCAACGUGCUGCGGCACUCUCAACAUUAACAACCGGCGAAAACCGAUUGGGCUACCUAAAAGCCCGUAUACCCAACCUAAAUGCAAGCGGACGCAUGGAAUUCAAGAAGCGACCCGGUUUGGAUCCGGAGAGGAUGAAAACUAUAUUACAGGGAUAUGGUAUAAGUGAUUGAAUGGCGUGGGGAGGGAUGAGGCGUCGUGGUGAAGGCACAUAGUACAUGUGCAGUGUAUAAUAGUGAGGGUUUGGUAGCUUGUUUCCUUUCUUUUUGGUACAUAAUGUAGUAGCGUG